GUGUGUGUCAGAGAGUGAACGAGCCAAUGGUAACAGUAGGGCCUCUUAGCGCUGGCGACGUCUGGUGGGUUACUUUCACUGGAAAGGAGCAGACCCAGAUGGCUUAAUAUUAAUAUUAGACUGACAGACAAAGCAAUUCACACAAAGAAGUCUUUCUCCUCACUUGCAAGUUCUUCAGAGCACUGUCAGGUAGUUGAAUAGAAACAGUUAUUUAUGUGCCACUCUAGUACAUCCUGGAAGAAUGGCAGAUGACAAGGAUGUGCUGCGAGAUGUUUGGUUUGGGCGAAUACCAACCAGCUUCACUUUGUAUCAGGAUGAGAUCACAGAGAGGGAGGCCGACCCCUAUUACUUGUUGCUGCCAAGAGUAAGCUAUUUGACGCUGGUUACUGACAAAGUGAAAAAACACUUUCAGAAGGUUAUGAAACAGGAAGAUAUGGGCGAGAUGUGGCUUGAAUAUGAAGGGACUUCAUUGAAAUGGCAUUACCCAAUUGGUUUACUAUUUGAUCUCCAUGCCUCCAAUACAGCCCUGCCAUGGAACAUCACUGUGCAUUUUCAGAACUUCCCUGAGAAAGACCUCUUGCACUGCACUUCUAAUUAUGUAAUAGAAGCCCACUUCAUGUCUUGCAUUAAAGAAGCGGAUGUCUUAAAGCACAAAGGACAAGUCAUCAAUGAGAUGCAAAAGAAGGAUCACAAGCAGCUGUGGAUGGGCUUGCAGAACGACAAAUUUGACCAGUUCUGGGCUAUCAAUAGAAAGCUGAUGGAAUACUCAGUAGAAGAAGGUGGAUUCCGGUACAUUCCAUUCAGGAUAUACCAGACGACGAGUGACCGUCCUUUCAUUCAGAAGCUGUUUCGACCAGUCACUGCAGAGGGGCAGACACACACCCUGGGUGAUUUACUGAAGGAAAUGUUUCCUGCUGCGGUAACUUCUGAUGAUGGUGAGAAGAAGUAUCAAGUGGUGAUUCAUGGGAUUGAGCCUAUGCUUGAGACCCCACUCCAGUGGCUAAGUGAACAUCUCAGCUACCCAGACAAUUUCCUCCACAUCAGUGUCAUUCCCAUGCCAACAGACUGAAGAACGGGACUGUUCUUUUUAAAAAAUAAAAAAUUAAAAAAUUAAAAAUUAAAAAAGAGAAAAUGAAAAAGAGACUUCUUGCCAUCCUCCAGAACAAACUCUUUGCCAGAGCUCUCCUGCCCUCCGCUUCUGUCAAAUUCUUUCGGAAGCAAUCUGACCAAAAAAACCUCACUGCAGUAAGCCAGACAAUGAGAUGAGAGAUCCCAUCACUAGAUAAAGGCAGCCUUUGCAUUGCCGCUGCCUUUCUCUGCUGUCGUCAUCAAACCUCAAUUGCGACAUCAAAGAACUUCACAGGACCCCUGCGGCUGUAUUCUGGUAAAAGAGGAGACAUAGAAAUGGAGAGCAGUGAAAAACUUCGGAGACCGGCGAGCCAGUGGAAAGAUGGUUCAUUUUGAUUUGCACCUUUGAUUAGAAAACAAGCAAAUAUGGGUAUUUCCUAAAGUGACCACACAUUGAGCUGUAAAAACCUAGCCAGUGGAAAGACAGGUUUACACUUUCCAAGUUCUUACAGCUGCCUCUGGAAACUGUUUUUCUCAGUAACACAUGCAAGCAAAGAUAUUUUUAUGGGCGAUUCUUCUCAGAUCUUUUCUUCCUUACAGCAAAUUACAAGAAGUCAGUAUGUGCUCCCUUAAUUAGACCAUGAAGUGUCGUCUUCCUUUUCUGAACCCUGUUUAAUCUGGAACAGAUAAUUAGUUUAAUAGUUAACAGUCCAUAUUUGAGGGUGGGGGGUGGGUUAUACUGUAUAUAAAUGUUUUGGUAUAAUCACAUAACAGAAGUGUUUAAACAUGCAUGUUUUGUUUUCACAUUUUUGUACCCCAGCCAGUUUUCUUUGUCUCAUAUUUGCUAUGGGUUGUUUACUUCUAACAAACAGAAAAGAAACAUGUUUCAUGGUCCAUACAGUAUACUGAUUUUAUUCAUAAUACACCCACAGUAUUGAUAAAAGUGAGCGAAGCUUUGUUUUUGUUCAAUUAAACUCUAUUAUCUUUAUUAUAUAUUCUCAGAAAUGUGGUAUUUUUAUCAUACAUUUGUGUAUUAAUGUGUUCAGUGAACUUGGGUGCUGUGAUAGGUUGAGUGAGGAUUUGUGUCAUUGUAGAAUUAUUAGCUGCUUCAUUAAUCCUGUGGUCAAGGUAUAUUAGGAGAAAGUGUGGUCAGAUGGGUGCCCAGUAUUUCUGUUAGGUUUUAAUUUUCACAGUUUUACCCCAUGUAUCACAUUCAGACAACAGCAGAUGUUUCAAUACCUAUCUGAGAAUUAAAAACAAUAACAUGUAGCAUAUCUUAGUAAGAUGUCGGCUCAUUCUUGAUAUUUUGGUCAUACACUUGAACAGGAUGAAUUGAGCCAGGAAAGUACAGUAACCACACUUUAUUGAUAUCCACUUUCUCACUGUGGUACACAGAUAGAUGUCCCUUAUGCUGUUUGGAUUCCAUCCAAUACCUGCAUGGAUAUUAGCCAAACAAUCAGUGCUUGUGUAUUAUUUAUUUAUUUAAUUAUUUUUAUUAUAGUGCAGUAGUCCAAAAAUAUAGGCACUAAAUGUGUAAAUAUAAAUACAUUCUUAGCAUUAAAUCUGAAAGCUCCUGGCCUCACAGCUUACUGUGGGUUUUAGACUUGCUUAACAGCAACACAGUGUUGAUAUUCUUAGGGGGGUUUGCAUCACAUUAGUACCUGCAUUGAACUUAUAAAAUUCUGCCCUCUAAUUGACUGAUACCAAUGUCAAUUGUGACUUUUGAAAGAAAGCAUUCACAGUGGGUUUUAUUUGCGGAGAAGAUGAUUUGGAAAGUUUCCCAACAGAGAAGCAACUCUGUAAUCAUGUACCAAAAGCAGCUGAAAAGAAUCAUUUAUUUGUAGGAAACGGUGACUAUAACUUCCUACCCUCGUCAGCAAUGUUUCAUGUACUGAUCGAGCAUUACUGAACCACUUGUCAGAAGUGUACAGGAUUUAGACAUUUCCCAACAGUAUGCAUUAGCAGAAGGCUAUCGCAUUUGUUGAAUCAUUACAUACUUCAUUGCUGACAUUCAAGAUGUAAUCUUUUUUACACAUACAUGCCACACAGUAGACAAACUCGAACACAGUCUUAACAUGCCAACCACAUCAUGUCACAAGCUUUCGGGAAGCAAGUAACUCCAUCUUUGUAUGUGUGCUAGACUCAUCGAUUAUCUUCUUCAGGCAGUAUACUCCAAUGGUAAUUAUUUGGCAAUGGUUUUGUAACUAUGUCCAUUCCCAGGCCAGAUCACACCUUUCUUAACUCAAGGUCUGAUCAGUGUCUUUGAUGUCACCUGCAGUGAUGGCUUUUUAACACACAACCCGCAAUUACACCUGAUGGAAAUGGCUCACAAAGGUUCAGGCGCCCAAGCCUGAAUGUCUCUAAAGGAAGUGUAACAAAAAAGGCUACUCACUAAAAUCAGAAGACAUCUGCAUGAUAGGCCAAGUAGACUUUGCAGGCUGGUGAUUGAGAAGACAAAUCUGUACUGUAUGCUGUCUGCCACAUCAUCUGUGGUUUUAUUGUGACUGCACUAGUGUGGGUGCUCUUUUUGUUCUUCUCUCCCCUUAAGUGUCUCUUUGCUAUUCCCCCUAUUCAUAGUACGCUUUAUUAAAUCAACAGGAAUCUCUGCAUGUUUGCACCAUACAUUUAUACCCAGAGAUUUUUGUGUUCAAGGUUAAAUAUCAUGCAGAAUAUUAUAAAAUAUGUGAGCAGGCUGUUUAGCAUUGGCAUGCACACACAAAAAAGCCACCUUGCAGUUGUUCUAAAUAAAGCGAUUAGCAAAGCAUUGUGAUGGUGCAGCAAAAUAUCCAGCACAUUGUCUGGCUGGGAAAUGCUCUCUGUAUGUAGGGUGAUGUAAAAUUCACUACCGGAUAGUAAGACUUGGUUCCGAUAAGGUGGACUGGAAAAUUGCAGUUUUGUGUUAUGGUCAGGAUGAAACAAUAAGCAUUUUCCAGAGAACUUGGGCCAGCCACUGUAGCUAGAGGGUGGUACCUUGAAAACAAAAAGAGGAGAAAGAGGGGGUGACACUACAGUCUGAGAUCACACAUCAAAGCAAGAGCUCUGAAACAAGUUAAUUAAAUAAAGAUUUGUCAUGGACAAGUUCCAUUACGUGAUUCCCUUAUAAAUCAAAUGAAAGUCUGGCUUUCUGGCCCAGGAAAACAAAGCUAGAUUUGAUCUUUGUCGUGGGACACUGUUGGGAUCCCCAGGUCUUUUUUAGUAGAUUUUUAACCUGAAAGACAGCGUUAAGGUCUCGGUGACACAGACUUUAACUGUACAUUUUUGUAAGUAACCAAUGUUUAGCUAGGCUUAUGGUAAAACUAAAUAACAUAAACAAUACUUGCAUCACCGUUUACUGAAUUUGUGUAUCGUCAUGGCGAGUUUUCAAAUAAUACAUGAAUAAAUAAAGAUCUCUAAACUGUUUUACAGCCCAUGCUUCUUGCAGCUAAGGUCUUGCAUUGCCUGGUUCAAGCAUGCCUUGUGAAUAUUAACCUAUACUCUUUGUCUUUUGAAGCAGUCCAGGGGGGUGAAUUGUGUUUACAACAAAAUACAAGUCAUGUUUUCUCUUUCUCUGAACCUGUCCUAAUACACAGCCACAUAUUUUUUGUAAAUAUUUAAUAUGAGACUGCACAUUGAAGCACAGAGGGGUUUCUGUCUAAACAAGGGUGUUAUACUGUGUAAAACUUUUUAGGUCUGCCUUUAUUAUUUACAAUUCAUACAGUGAUCUGUAGUAUUAGUUGCAAAAUGUUUGAACAGAUUAUUGAAUCGUAGCUUUAUAUAAAGUAGGCAGUGCAUCCUUGAAUCUCUCGGCUUUACUGUACAACAUUGGGCAAGACUGAUAAUGUGUGCUGUGUGAAUAUUCUGUAACGAAUUGUAUUAAUUACAUAAUAGAAAUGUGUAAGAGGAAACAUGUUUAUUUUAACAAUGCAGUAUCUUUGAAUUAAAAAAGGGACUGGUAUGUCUUUCUUUGGAUUCUCA